CGAAGUCUGCAACAGCGAAGCUUCUCUCUGGUCUCUUCCACUGUUCCCUUUUGACUUGCUGCCUGCCCCGUCUCGCUGGAUCUCCUUUCCUUUCCCUGAAAUUCCAAGCUUUGAUCUUUGAACGUUUUGUCAAUAUAAACGGAGACUCGUUUCCCUUCAUGCAUCCGGCUUCUCCGCUUCUCGAUAAGCCAAAUCACUUCCAUUUCUGCUGUGCACUAUCAUUUACAGUCCUGCCCUGAGAUCCGGAUCCCACAUAUUAGACCACAAUGCGUGCACCAUCGCUGCUUUCACAGUGUUUGCCUGGCUUAGUGCCCCAUGACAAAGGAACUCACAGCACGUCCACCAUUUAUGAGAAAGACGUGCAUCUCCCUUCUCCAGCUGUGGAGAUUCUCCCAUCCAAGAUGGCUCACACUUACAAGUAUGCUGGUGAUAAUGUAGACUUGCAAGGACUUAAUAUGUUGAAGGGAACAGUUAGUGUUGCUGAUAUAAUUGGCUUUACCGGUUCAGAAUCAAUCUCUUUUAAACCUGAAGGGUUGCUGAAAUCUUGGGAUAGCUCAAUUGAUCUUGUUAAUGUCCUUAAACAUGAGAUACGUGAUGGACAGUUGAGUUUUAGAGGGAAAAGGGUACUUGAGCUUAGUUGCAGCUAUGGACUUCCAGGGAUCUUUGCUUGCCUGAAGGGAGCUGCAGCAGUACACUUUCAAGACCUCAGUGCGGAAACUAUAAGAUGCAUAACCAUCCCUAACGUCCUAGCCAAUCUUGAGCAGGCUCGUGACAGGCAAAGCCGACAUCAGGAGAGCCCUCUGACUCCGUCAAGACAACCUAUAGCUCCAGAUGUCCAUUUCUAUGCUGGAGAAUGGGAAGAACUCCCCUCAGUCUUAUCCAUUGUAAGGGGCGAAGGGUUUGAGGUGCCAACAACAACGAACCUAAGCUUCUCCGAGGAAGAUUUUAUGGAUGGUUGUAGUAGCCAAGAUGGCAGCAUAGCAGGACAAGAAUCUUCCUCAAGACGAUCAAGGAAGCUCUCUGGAAGCAGGAUUUGGGAAAGGGCUAAUGAGACAGACCAGGGAGAAGGGGGUUAUGAUGUUAUAUUGAUGACAGAGAUUCCAUAUUCAUUGACCUCCUUGAAGAAGCUAUAUGCUCUCAUAAAGAAGUGCUUGAGGCCUCCAUACGGAGUAUUGUUUCUGGCCACAAAGAAGAAUUAUGUUGGUAUCAACAGUGCAACAAGGCAUUUGCGAAAUUUGGUGGAUGAAGAAAGCAUUUUGGGAACCCAUUUAGUCAAAGAGAUGUCUGAUAGAGAGAUAUGGAAGUUCGUUCUCAGAUGAAAUAUGUAUUAAAACUUGUGGAAACAACCAGAAACUUCUACAACAAUUUAGGUUUUGCUUUUAACACAACAUAAGCCCUAUAUGUAAAAUUGGCAUUACAAGCAUUUCAUUAAUUUGUUUCUUUUUUUUUUUUUUUUUUUGAUUAGUAAUAAUAGAAGUUUGAAUUGGCAAGUGAAGCUGCAGCCUUAGUGGUUCGUCCAGUUUACUCUCAUCUGUAAAUCAAACGAUUACGGAACUUAGAAAUGCAUUGAGAUUUACAAUAUCUUCUGAAUAUAUUUUGUUUU